AUGGAUGAUAGCGACGACCAGCCGCGGCUGGGUGUUCCACCCUACUAUGUGAUGCCGCAGCCUCAAGACAAACCUGAGGAAGGCCAGGAGCAAGGUCCUAAGGUUGAGCAACAGCAGCAAGACGUCCAACAGCAGCAAGAUCUUCAACAGCAACCUCAGUGGGAGGUGAGCCAGGAGCAGUACAAUCCGUUUGGCUUCGGCUUUUCACCUCAGGUCCAGCCUCACCCAGAGCAGCAACAGCUGGCGGGUAAUGCACCUCAACCUGCGCCUCACCCGUACGGUCAAUAUGGCCAGAUGCACUAUCCUGCUUACUACCCACCGACGGGUUAUGGCGGCCACCCGUAUCAAGUUCAUCAUUCGCCAGAGCCGUUUCAACCCUCUCCGACGCCGGGAUCCGAAGGCUCUCUUCCGAACACCCACCCUGGAUACCCUGGAGAGCAACCCCCGCCUGGACAGCAACCUCAGUUCCAGCACCAGUUCCAGCAUCAAGCCCAGCACCCCCAAGUCCAGCACCAAGCCCAGCAGCACUUCUAUGCUCCUCCCCAGCAGCAAAUCCAAAUCCCACCUGCUGGUUACCCCCCGCCUCCGCACCAGUUUUCCGCCAGCUGGGCGCCUCCGGGCUACUAUCCCAACCCCAACUCCUUCGUCAGCCAGACGACGCAAGGCGCUGCCGGCGGCCAGAGCGCAUCUCCAGACCCCCCCUACUUGCACAACCCCGCUGCCACCACCACCGCACAAGGCCAUCAGGCAGGCAGCAGCAGCAGCGCCAGUCCGGCACCACCUCCGUUCGACCAAGCAGGCAUCCAGCACCACCAUGGCGCACCGGCCUACCCACCACCGCCUCCUCCGCCGGCGGCAGCGCAGGCUUCUCCUCUCACCACGACCGAGCCGACGACGCACCACACCAUGCCCGUUCCAAAAGCCGAAGCAGCAGCUGCUGCUGCUGCUCCGCUGCAGGGUCCUCCACCGUCGACGACGGCGGCGGCGCCUGAUUCCGAGCCAGCCGAGCCGACGACGACGAUCCAAGCGGGCAAUAUGAUGGAGACGACGACGACGACGACGGCGGCGGCGGCUGAUGAUGAUGAUGAUGAUGGCGACGACGACAUCAUGCAGCAGCAGCAGCGGGCCCAGGCCCACGCCCAGGUGCUGCCGGAUUUCCAGUCCGCGAGCUCCUCUUCCACCGUCAUCCCUCCUGAUCCACCUGCCGCAGCCGCAGAAGCAGUAGUAGCAGCAGCAGAAGCAGCACCCGCUUCCGCGUCGGCCGUCCAACAAGAACAACAAGCCCCCCAGCAGCAGCAAGACGAGACCCCUCUCCCUCCCUACGUCUCAUCAGCCGACAACAGCAGCAAUUCGACGACGGUUGAUCAUCCGCCGCCGCCCUACGGGCCCGGCGCGACGAAUCCGUAUUUCCGGUGCUCGCCGGAGACGGCGCGGUUGCAUAAGCGGGCGGUUGAGCGCGGGAACAAGAAGAUGGAGGAGGAGAUGGCGCGGAGAAAGGAGGCUGGCGAGGAGGAGAUGGACGGUUCUUCUACCCAGGAGAAGAAGAAGAAGGCCGUCCCGGUCGUUAUCAACGUGCAUGACGUCAAGCAUACGCGCGUCUGCGUCUCCUGCAAGAAGAGUAAGCGCAAGAAUUGCGAUAGGCAGUGGCCGUGCGACAAUUGCUGCAAGGUCGAUCGGCCUUGGAACUAUUGCGAGUACGUACUCACCGACGACAUGGCGUCGGAGAGCGAGGGCGAGGGUGGUGGGGAGGAGGGCGGCGUGCGUGGUGGUGGUAACGAUGGUGGUGACGGUGGUGGUGACGGUGGUGGUGACGCGAUGCAGGGGCUGGAGAUGCAGGAUCAGCUCAUUGCGACGGAGGGCGAGAACGCGCAGGCUGCUGCCGCUGCCGCUUCUACGGUGCCGGAACAGCAGCAGGACCAACCCGUCGCCGGCGGCGCUGGCCCCGCGCUCAACGUCUCGCUUACGCAGGAUCAGCUGGCGCAGCUGCUUGCUGGCAACCCUGCCGCGGCGCAGCUGCUUGCGCAGAUGUAG